UUACACCCGUGAAUCCGAGCCUCGGCCACGGUCGCCACUCGCCCUUACCCACUUCCACGCUGUAGUGCGACCAGCCACCCGCGUGGCAUUCGCCACGACCCAGCUGGGUUCACAGACAGGAGCUGCCUCCUCCCACUGCAGGCGGGUGACCCAAGGCCCCCACAGCCCUAUACCUGCCCAGAUCGCGGGGCACUCGGGCUCCGCAGCUCUCUGGCCGCGCUCGGGGUCCGGGGAGCCGGGCUGCGGCUGGGGGGCCUGGAGGAUGAGGGCGAAGACUCGAGCUGGACUGCCGAGAGGGUGCCGGCGCGGGCCGGGCUGGGGGGGAGGACACGACCGGGCCUCCGCCCCCGGAUACCGCACGCGCCGAUAUAGAGGGGCCGGCCCCUGGCCCCGGCGCGGCGGGUUGGCGCAGGGCGCGGUGGCGGCUGAGGGGCCCGGGUCCCAGGCGGACGCCGCGGGCAUGGACUAUUCGUACGACGAGGACCUGGACGAGCUGUGCCCCGUGUGCGGGGACAAGGUGUCCGGCUACCACUACGGACUGCUCACGUGUGAGAGCUGCAAGGGCUUCUUCAAGCGCACGGUGCAGAACAACAAGCACUACACGUGCACCGAGAGCCAGAGCUGCAAGAUCGACAAGACGCAGCGCAAGCGCUGUCCCUUCUGCCGCUUCCAGAAGUGCCUGACGGUGGGGAUGCGCCUGGAAGCCGUGCGUGCUGACCGUAUGAGGGGUGGCCGGAACAAGUUUGGGCCGAUGUACAAGCGGGACCGGGCCCUGAAACAGCAGAAGAAGGCACAGAUUCGGGCCAAUGGCUUCAAGCUGGAGACAGGGCCCCCGAUGGGGGUGCCCCCGCCGCCCCCUCCCGCACCGGACUACGUGCUGCCUCCCAGCCUGCAUGCGCCUGAGCCCAAGGGCCUGGCUGCUGGUCCACCUGCUGGGCCACUGGGCGACUUUGGGGCCCCAGCACUGCCCAUGGCCGUGCCCGGUGCCCACGGGCCACUGGCUGGCUACCUCUACCCUGCCUUUCCUGGCCGUGCCAUCAAGUCUGAGUACCCGGAGCCUUAUGCCAGCCCCCCACAGCCUGGGCUGCCGUACGGCUACCCAGAGCCCUUCUCUGGAGGGCCCAACGUGCCUGAGCUUAUCCUGCAGCUGCUGCAGCUGGAGCCAGAUGAGGACCAGGUGCGGGCCCGCAUCUUGGGCUGCCUGCAGGAGCCCACCAAAAGCCGCCCCGACCAGCCGGCGGCCUUCGGCCUCCUGUGCAGAAUGGCCGACCAGACCUUCAUCUCCAUCGUGGACUGGGCACGCAGGUGCAUGGUCUUCAAGGAGCUGGAGGUGGCCGACCAGAUGACGCUGCUGCAGAACUGCUGGAGCGAGCUGCUGGUGUUCGACCACAUCUACCGCCAGGUCCAGCACGGCAAGGAGGGCAGCAUCCUGCUGGUCACCGGGCAGGAGGUGGAGCUGACCACAGUGGCCGCUCAGGCGGGCUCGCUGCUGCACAGCCUGGUGUUGCGGGCGCAGGAGCUGGUGCUGCAGCUGCUUGCGCUGCAGCUGGACCGGCAGGAGUUUGUCUGCCUCAAGUUCAUCAUCCUCUUCAGCCUAGAUUUGAAGUUCCUGAAUAACCACAUCCUGGUGAAAGACGCUCAGGAGAAGGCCAACGCCGCCCUGCUUGACUACACCCUGUGCCACUACCCGCACUGCGGGGACAAAUUCCAGCAGCUGCUGCUGUGCCUGGUGGAGGUGCGGGCCCUGAGCAUGCAGGCCAAGGAGUACCUGUACCACAAGCACCUGGGCAACGAGAUGCCCCGCAACAACCUGCUCAUUGAAAUGCUGCAAGCCAAGCAGACUUGAGCCUGGGCCGGGGGCGGGGCCGGGACUGGGGGCGGGACUGGGGGCGGGGCCGGGGCGGGGCCGCAGCCACACAGCUGGCUCCGCAUGGUUCAUUUUCUGAUGCCCACCGAGGAGCCCCAGCCCCGUCCCAGAGGCCGCUGCCCCUGAGUUCUGACACUGUGUGUUUGGGAAGGUGGGUGAGGCUGGGCAGGGCCUGGCGGAGGUGGAGUGGCCACUGGCACUUGCCUGCUGCUUGGAGUGCCCCAAGGAGGUGGCUGUUAACCACCCGCCCCGCCCCCGCCCUGCUCCCAGCUCUCUCUCCUGGAGUCUGAAGCCUGCAGGUCCGGGGAGGAGGUUCGGGAUUCCCUGGUGGGCCUCGACGUCCCUUGGAUCAGAGGUCAUCCCUUCCUCCUCUCCUGGAAACAGACAGGGAGAAGUUGAGCAGGUAUCAACUCGGGGAGGAGAGAGGGUCUCCAGUGUUCCCCCCAUAGAGACCAGGAGGGAGAUCCUCUGUUUUGUAAACUAAGGAUAACCGAGUUUGCUAAAUUGAGAGGGGCUAUUGGGCCCUAGAGGACACUAGGAGACUGGUUAGGACAAAAAGACCUUCUCCCUAGCCCUUCUACCCCACCUGACCUCUGCAAGAGGGGGCAUUGAUACAUCAUCGGGAAAAAGCUUUGCUCCAGGCAUCACUGAUUCCCUCUCCCACCCAAGGAGAACGUUUGGUACAAUCGACAUCCUAGCCCCAUCCAGAGGUGGCCCUCCCAGGCUGGUAUUUAUCUGCAAGGUUGUAGUCAAGAGGUUUUUCUCCCCCCUUUUGUUUUUAAGCUUCUAGACACUCCUUGAAAUGUGUGUGUGAUGGAGGGAAGGGGACAGAUUUGAGGACUGAAGCUGGGGCUUGGGGAUCGCCACUAAGUACAGCUGAUGGUUUCUCCCCGGACACUCGCCUACCAAGUACCCUUAGGGUGGUGCUGGGUCAUUACUUCUGAGCCCCAGCCCCAAUUCAGAGAAGCUCUGUUGCCCGCCCUCCACCCACUAGGUGAACAGCAGGAUGCCCUGUUGGGGGCUUCAGGUCUCUGUGGGUGGGAAUGCAAGUGAACUUGGGAGGGGGCACGGGCCUGUAGAUCAGGGAUAGCGCUGUUGAUCCCGUCUCUGUGGCUCCAACCCGUUGGGUCCCUUGCUGCAAACCCAUGAAGCUGGCCCUCAGCUCCCUGGCCCCCUGUCCUAGGUCAUGAAGGACACUCUGCAGGACGAAGCACCAGGGAGAGGCCUCGGCUGUCUCCUGUCCCCGGCUGGGUGCCUGCUGUCCGUCCCGCUUUCAUGUUACUGUUGCAGCUUGUGCUGAGCCUGCCCAGUUGGAGGAGACUGGGCACCCCUGCCUCCUGCCUCCUGCCUCCCGCCACCCUGUCUCAGUACCCCCCCCCCCCGCCCCCUGAAACGUGUGCCCCUGGCAAGGCCGGAGACCCACAGCCCUGAAACGAGAAGUGCCCUUAAGGAUCACCCCAGCCCCUGCAGCCCUGGAAUAAAUUUCGCAAUUAGUUUCCAGCUA